GGAGCUUCGGCAGUUGAACCGCUCGCGAGGAGGGGUGUCCGUGGAGAAGGUUUGGGACCAGGCCCAGGAUGCUGCAUUGUCAUCAAGCUCCCGUGUUGGUGCUGAAGGUCUGCAGCCCUCACUUUGAAAAAAGGUCGGUUCAGAGCUUGGGCUGGAACUCUCAUCAUUCAACUCCUCUUCUGUGGCUGGCCCAGCGCUAGGCCAUGUUGGGGACUCUGCAGUGAUCGAGGCAGCCCUUUACCCAGCCUGGGAGUCAAGGAGGGCUUCCUGCAGGAGGAGACAUUGGAGCUGAGACCUGGAGGAUGACAAGGAGUGAGCUGAGAGGAGAAGACCUUGCUUGGAUCUCCAGUGCCUUGAACCCCGCCUCCUGGCAUCAAUCAUUAAUUCACAAGCAGCCCCCGAUCUGUGCCAGGCCCAGGGUGCUGAAGAUACAAGAAUGAUCAAAAUGACUGUGCCCUCAUGAGCUUCUGGUCUGGCAACUAGUCAUCAGCUAGUUGCACAGAUGGUAACAGCUGACCAAGUGCCAGGCACUGUUUGAAGCACCUUCGACACUGGCCAUGGACCAGCCAGCUGGCCUGCAGGUGGACUACGUCUUCCGGGGUGUGGAGCAUGCCGUGCGGGUGAUGGUGUCUGGGCAGGUGCUAGAGCUGGAGGUGGAGGACCGGAUGACGGCCGACCAAUGGCGGGCCGAGUUCGAUGCCAGCUUCAUCGAAGAUUUGACUCACAAGACAGGGAACUUCAAACAGUUCAACAUCUUCUGUAACAUGCUGGAGUCGGCCCUCACCCAGAGCAGUGAGUCGGUUACCCUUGACCUGCUGACCUACACAGAUCUCGAGUCCCUGCGGAACCGAAAGAUGGGGGGCCGCCCAGGCCCCUUGGCCUCGAGAUCGGCCCAGCUCAACUCCAAGCGCUACCUGAUCCUCAUCUACUCUGUGGAGUUUGACAGGAUUCACUACCCGCUGCCCCUCCCGUACCAGGGCAAACCAGACCCUGUGGUCCUGCGGGGCAUCAUUCGCUCACUAAAGGAGGAGCUGAGCCGCCUUCGAGGGCUGGAUGGCCAGGACACUCGGGACAGCCGGGAAACUGAGAUCUGGCAUCUGCGGGAGCAGGUGUCGCGCUUGGCGGCUGAGAAGCGCGAGCUGGAGGUCCAGCUGGGCAGAUCGUGCGAGGAGGCGCUGGCCGGGCGGGCGGCGCGCCAGGAGGUCGAGGCGCUGCGCGGGCUCGUGCGCGGCCUGGAGCUGGAGCUGCGGCAGGAGCGCGGCCUCGGGCACCGCGGGUCCGGUCGCCGAAGCCAGGAUUGCCGCCGCCUGGCCAAGGAGCUAGAGGAGGUGAAGGCGUCGGAGCGGAGCCUGCGUGCCCGGCUGAAGACGCUGAACACCGAGCUGGCAAUGUACAAGAGGGGGAGACGGACUACACCGGUGGUGCCGCCCUCGGCCCGGGAAGAUCGGGCUUCGACGUCUCGGGAGCGCUCCACGUCGCGUGGCCGUGGCGCUGCCCGCUCCUCAUCCCGGGAGAGCGACCGCGGGGGCCGGGGUCAAGGCCGCCCUGCCCGCCCCUCGCCCUCGCCCACAGGUGGUCGCGUGCCCCGUUUCGACCCGACAGCCUUUGUGAAAGCCAAGGAGAAGAAGCAGAGAGCGAUCAAGAUGAAGCAGCAGCAGCAGCGAAACCGAUUGGGCAGCGGAGGAAGCGGGGACGGUCCAUCCACCUCCUGGUCUCGCCAGACUCGGCCCCCCGCAGCCGUGACCGGUCGAGGAGACGCGGCUAACCGCUCCCGAAACCGCAGCUCCUCGGUGGACAGUUUCCGCAGCCGCUACUCGUCCGCCAGCUCCUGCAGCGAGUUCGAGGAUUUCUCUGAAUCCCUCCCUGGAGGCGUUCGUCGCCGGGGGAAGCCGCCCAGCCCCACCACCUGGAGUGGGUCCAAUACGCAGCAGAAGCCUAGCCCCCUGGAACACGGCCGCCAUCAGAGACGCCUGGCCGAUUCGGGGGGCUGGGUCCCCAUCAAAGGUGAGCCUGGGACUCCACAUCUCCCCCUCACCUGCCCCAGAGCCUGCUGGGAUGCUACUGAGGGCAGGAUAUUGGGCCCCUCACGGACCCCCACAGCCACACCUGCUCUCACAGAGUACAGCUCGGACCACCAGGCAGCUGACAUGGCCGAAAUCGACGCCCGCCUGAAGGCCUUGCAGGAAUACAUGAACAGACUGGACAUGCGCUCGUGACCUCGAAGAGAGACUACUGCUCCUCUAAUGGCUUCGGAUGGAUUCGGCGUGAGGGGCGGGGCCAGUGUGUCCUGGCUCCGCCCAGGCCCCGCUCCUUCUGGUGCUCUUGGGGUCUCAGGUGUGUGAGGCCCCAAUCCCUACGUCUCCCGCAGGCAUUGCAUUCUGGGAGGGAGGGUAGGUGUAUUUUGUAAAUAAACAUAUGUGCCC